AUGAGCAAAGUCCGGCAGUGUGUCGAGUGGAAUUUUGGGCUGUUGAAGACUCUGUGGGCCUCAACAACAUUCAAGAUGCAGCAAAAAGUUAUGCUCCAAAAUGUUGUGCGUACUUCAAUCUAG